AACAUCAUGUUCACUGACCGCUGGCAUGCCCCAGCAGCGCACAGCAAAAGUUGCUUAUUUCCGUGCACAAGAAGCUGCGUUCUCUUGUAUGUCUUGUGCAUCCACAAUCCACACCCACAUCAGCUCCCACAUUCUCUCAUCAUCGAAAGAUUGGUCUUUGGUGCGGUGAUCCUCUCAUUUCCCCUCUGAUACUACUAGCUGCUAGUAGCUCUUGAGAAGCUCCUCGUAAACUGAUAUCAUCAAGAUGGCAGACGCGGAAGAGGUCGAAGAAACACACAACCAAACUAUUCAAGUAGAUGCGCCUGGUGCUAUGCACCAAGAUGGACCAGGAGGUUCUGGAAAUCUGGAAAAGCUCGAAGAGGCAACCAGGACAAAAGCGGCAGAAUUGUACCAAAAAGACCGAUGCAUUCGUGAUGCCCAAAAGAAGCAGCAGCAUUCAGAGAUGCAAAUGAAAGAUCAGAUAGUUCUUGGUCAAAUGACCAGUCCUGACGCCAAUGAAAAAAGUCCGCUACCGUCAAAACCACCAGGCCAAGCAAGCGCGGCUGCAUCAGCACCGGGAGCAGUUGCCGUUGGGGGGUCAGGGGAGACGGCGGCGACCAGAGAGGCAGAGUUGUACCAAAAAGACCAAGAUAUUCAUGACAGUUACAAGAAGCAGCAGCAGCUGAAGCUAGCCCCUGAACCACCAUCAACAGAUAGAGAACAAAAAAUGCAAGCGAAAAAUCGGUUAAUUCUUGAUCAGAGUGCUACUAGUACCGGUACGGAUACCAAUAAUGAAGGAAGUGUGCCACCGUCGUCACAGCCACCAGACGAAGAGAAUUCGCCUGCAACUGAGCCAUCCGAUUCGGAAAUUCCAGGAGCAUUUGCCGUCCCCGGAAUAGGGGCGGACGACCCACCCGUCUCUGUGGAGCUACCUGCACCCGAGCCCGAGCCCAACCACUUGGUGAAUAACGAGGCACCUCCUGCUGCCGAGCAAGAACCCAACGAGCCCGUGGCCAUACCUGUGGAAGAAAACGAAGACUUAGAAGCAGCUACACCCGUGGAUUUAGAACAGAAAGCGUCUCGAGGUUCUUCGAGGCGCGACCAAGAUAUGCAAUUCUGUAUUGGAGGACUGGGCGCCCUGGUGUUGCUUCUACUUUCGCUUUGUCUAUGGCUGUGGUCGGAAAAUUCGAAACAAGAGGGAAUCGACCAGCCCACAACAACUCCUAAUACUACGGCAGCACCGAUGGCAAACAUCAGUGGCAGCGAGGUGGAUCAACCUGAAGAACCUGUUAGUCUUUCACCAGGAGGGGACCUGCUAAACCUGUUGCCAGAGUACACUCAAGCCAGAAUUCAGACAGGAAGCACAAACCCACAAACCAAAGCUUACGACUGGCUCCUGGCAGACCCACAAUUUCUUAACUAUUCAGACUCUCGUUUGCUGCAACGAUAUGCCAUGGCUGCCCUGGGCUACGCAAUAGAAUUGGAAGGUAUGCGUGAUGAUUGGCUCGAUCAUGACUACCAUGAAUGCGACUGGGAGCAAGAUGCAGCACCUAGGAAUUUCAUCUUGAAGAGCAAUUGCAAUCUGGAGGAGGAAAUUCAGCGUUUAUGGUUCUACGAUGACCAACAAGGUUCGCUGCCGCCAGAGCUGGGCCUUUUAACCACUGUGAUCAAUGUGGGCAUGCAAAACGGCAAACUCAAGGGGGUUCUACCAAGCCAAAUUGGGCACCUUACAGACCUCGAGAUUCUUUCAAUUCAUACAAAUGGCAUUUCUGGCAGCCUGCCCACUGAGCUUGGCUUGUGCCGGCAGCUUAUUGACAUUCGUAUACACCAAAAUCUUCUGGUUGGGCCUCUUCCCUCGGAGAUGGGGAUGAUGUCUCGUCUUCGAUAUUUUUGGGGCCUGGACAACAUGUUCACCGGUCCACUGCCUUCUGAAAUUGGCCAAAUGCAAGAACUGAUGGGGAUGGAGAUCUUUGCCAAUAACUUCAAUGGCACAAUACCCACUGAAUUAGGAAAGCUGGUAAACUUGGGCGAGUUCACAGCAGAUGAGAAUCAGUUAUCAGGUCCCAUCCCCAGUGAGUUUGGAGAGAUGUCGCACUUGGCAUUGUUCUUCAUUCAAGGGAAUCGUCUCUCGGGCGCUAUUCCCUCCGAAGUUGGUAGGAUGGAAUCGGUCUACAGGUUUUACUGCUAUGCCAAUGAGCUCUCGGGUAGCCUGCCCACGGAACUUGGACUCAUGUCAAGAAUGGAGAUUGCUCUUCUCCAUGACAACCAACUUACUGGUUUGAUCCCUUCAGAGCUUGGCGGAUGGACGAGACUGUGGGCAACGUAUCUCAAUUUCAACAUACAUACAGGCGUCAUUCCACAUGAAUGGGGAGAUGCGUUGACACUCAAGUACGACAACAGCACAGACCGCAAUGUAUUCAGUGGACCUCUUCCAACCGAGCUGGGACUACUGUCCAGCCUCCACUAUUUCUGGCUGCCAAAUGGUAAUCUGGAAGGUACUAUUCCAUCGCAAUUUGGUAUGAUGUCGGCACUGUCCGCAAUGAGUUUGGCAAACAACAGUCAGUUGGGUGGAAACAUCCCAGUGGAGCUGUUGGCUUUGCAAAAUGUAUCCCUGGUUCACUUGAAUGUUUCUGGCACCAACGUCAUCGGUGCAUAAUGGUACACACCCCAAAAGUUUUAGUCUCAGCACAUACAUGCCUACAGCUAGUGGUUUUACAUGCGCUCUCAUCGUUUCACGGAUAGGCUAGCUACCGUGCGGUACGGUAGCUGUUACUGUGUAUUGGGGGUUGUCAAUGAUCGUCUCGAGGGAUACGAAUACCGUCCUCUCCUUCAGGUUGGACAUGGACGGCAAUUCGGCUCCUUCAGGCUAUUGCGGGGAUGGAACAGACAACCCCAAGAUCUGCUCUACCGUAUCGUACGGCCGGUACCGUAAAAGUAUGUUGACUACGGUAUCUGGUGCGCUGUACCUUGUGGAAGCACGACAAACCUCAAGUUUCAUGACGCCACUCUGCCGGCUGCUUCUCCAAAACCCCUUCUGAA